GGGCGGCGUUCCCGUUUUGGGAUUGACGGUUGAUGAUAAGCAUGGCGGUGAAAGGAAAACAAAGCUCCUAAUAAGAGUUGGAGCCAUCUGCAGGGUCGAGGUCGAUGAACUUCCAGUCCAUCGACUCUCGUACAACCCUCACUUUCACUCUCUUGGGGCGAGGAUUUCAGCUGACGGUCGCCGAUCUGGCUACACACUUGGGUCUCUACAGUUCGGAGGAGACAUUGACGCCAGAAUUCGAGGCCGCACCGUACCUUCUCCCUGCAGACAUUGAUCCCGCUGACCUUUGGGCAGAACAUUCUUCAGAUCCAGACCACUUUGAGGGCAUGGGCCGAGCCAGGUUUUGGAUUCAGCCGACUUGGCGAAUCCUAUCUUUUGUGCUUUCGACAUCUUUCUUUGGGAGGCCGUUGAACACGGAUCGGGUAUACCCCGAUGAUUUGAUUGUCUUCUGGAGCCUGCACACACGCCGGGAGGUGAAUGUGGCUGUCUUUGUGGCCCGAUUUCUCUACAGUCAGUCCAUGGGGAAUCGGACGCACAUUGUCUGUGGUUUCGUAGUCACCAUACUCUUCCGAUCACUCGAGGGAUCGGCGCCCAUUCCACGAGCUCAGAUGAUGAUGCGAGAUUUGGAUGCCGGCAUGCUGAGGAAUGCCCACAUUCGUAGGAGGUUGGGAGCUGGCUCUACCGAGAGCAACGCCGCUUCCUCAUCUGCGCCCUCGACAUCAGGAGCAUCUUCGCAGGUCUCGUCUAGGAGGGCCACUCGCCGCCGACCCACUCCUCAGGCCACCCCAGCUACGACCCAGGCUGAUCCGACCCCUGAAUGGGCUAGGAGGAUCCUGGAGCAGCAGGAUACCAUCCUGCAGAGGAUGUCCGAAAUCGGACAGCAGCAGGCAUCCCAGGCUGAGAACUUUGCUCAGCUUCGAAGGACCUUUACUAGCUUUUACUCGGAUAUGAACUUAUUUGUCUUUAACAUCUCACACCGUCCUACCUACAUAAUGAUGAUGUGAAUAUGAACUGCCAAUUGAAGGUCUCAAAGGCAUUUUGUCAAAAGACAGGAGUUACGACAUUAAACUAAAACUAAAAGG